AUGAAUAAAGAGGAACUCAAUGCUUGCCUAAAGAGUUUUUAUACAUCUGCAAGAAAACAAGACGGUCAAUUUUACAAGUCAUCUUCCUUGAAGGCAAUUCGUGCAGCCAUUGACGGGUAUCUUCGCACGCCUCCACAUUAUAAACAUUUUUCUAUCGUUGCCGACCCUGCUUUUACCGAAGCAAACAAGAUCUUAGACGCAUUUGUCAAGGUACUAAGAAAGUCGGGCAAAAUUAGUGGUGUUGUGCAUAAAAAGGCCAUCUCGAAACAGUAAGUUGAGGAGCUCUUCCAAAGCGGUAAACUUAGUCCGGCGGACACAAAAGAUCCAGCACAGCUUCAAAGAACAGCGUGGUUCUACCUUGGCAUAUACUUCGGAAGACGUGGCAGAGAAAAUCAGCGAGAUAUGAAACCUGCCAUGCUUGCUCUCUAAGCUUCUCCACGAGGAGAAGAGUAUUUUGAGCUCAAAAGAGAGUUUCGCGGCUCGUUGCCAGCGACGAAAUCCAUCAAGGUGGCCUUUCCGAUGCCGAAGAUGAGUCGGACGCGAAAAUAUUUUCUGUGCCAGAAUCUGCCAAAUGCCCAGUGA